UACUUACGUGUAAAUUUAUCUGAAACAUGAUUUGAAGCGUUGAUCGUAUGCAAAUAAGCGUAGCUGAAUUAAAAGGAAACGAUCAAAGGUUAAUUGCGAUACAACUUUCAUUAGUUAUACAUUUAAUAAUUAGAUACAUAUACAUGCAUCAUACAAGAAUAAAUAUUCAAAAAUAAAUAGCUACCAAUGACGCAUCCCUGUAUUAUCGAAAAUCUUCUAAAAUUAUCGUGUAAUUGGCAGAGCAGAUGCCAAAUAAUUCGAUGGAACAUAGUACGUUGAAAAUAUUUUUAUAUAAGAAAAGAAUAGAACGAUCGAAACGUGAUGUACGUAUUUGCCACGAAAUAUUUUCAACGGUUCACAUGAACGUAACGAAUAGAAGUAAUCCUUAAAUCGUGUAGCUCGUAGUCAAUGAUAAUUAAUAUAUGACGACCUCGAGGAGGAUGCGGAUUUUAAGUUGGCGCGAAACGAGCGAAUAAGUGGGUGAUCGAAGUAACCGAUAUACGGGAACGGUGAGGCGAGGGUGAAAAAGUCUUGGCGAACGGAUUCGAGAUGUCGGUAGUACGAGAUGCUGGGUGGAGAGGAAACGGCGUGCCGCGCGCGCGGCUCGCGUUGGCAUCGUUCGUCGGAGUAAACAUACAACACAAGUACAUACGAACUCGGACGACAGGGACACUGCACCUCGUGCGCUGCCACUGGCAGAUAGUUCGUGACGAGUGUAUCGCUCGACGCCGAUAGAAAAGACAGAAAAGGGACAAGUCUGUUGAAUAAGUGUAUCGCGGAGUGGAGCAGCCGAGGAAUAGAUGAAGAAGGGUAAUAAUAUGUGACGGGGGUGAAGAGCGGCGGUGAAGGCAUCGUCGGUGAAGGUAUUGUCAAGACGCUUAAUGUGCGCGGUGCGGGCGCGUGGUACGCUCGAGGCGGCCACAAAUGAAGAAGUGGGAAGCGACAGUGAGGGCGGUAGAGAGGGAAGAUGUCGAGUGGUUCAGCCGCCUCGAAACUGUUGAACGGUGAGAUCAAGAAGGAGAACGUUGACGGAUACGAGUACGGGAAUAAGAAAGAAAACGAGAGCGGCGCUGCUGGCAGCACUGACUCGUCUUCGUUGAUCGUCUUCGCUGGUGAUAGUAGUAAUGAUACUGAUACAACUAUUGUUACUGUUACUAGCGGUGUUGUCGCUGGCGCUGGUACUACUGUUCCUAGUGGUGCUAGUAACAACGGUUGUGGUAGUGGCCGUUCCGGCAGUAAUGGUAAUGGUGACAGUGAUAGUAACAGCAACAGCGGUGUCUGCGUUACCGGCUUGAUCGCCGGGGGCGUCGUCGGCGUGGAGUUUUGUGACGUUAAUCCCGAUCCGAAGAUACCGGAAAAUUACGAGGAGAUACGCGGUCGAAGGGAUGUGAACUCGAGAAUCGAGUACAGUGAAACAGAAUUUCAGGAGGCGUACGCGGGGACAUGCAUUGAGGAGGCACCAAUCGUCGAUCUCACCGCCGCUACUACCACCAUCGCAUCUGCCACCACUACCGCGACCGCCACCGAUACCAUCACCAACACUACCAUCGGUAUCAUUGAACACGACGAUCGAACGACCACGACCGUUCCUGCUCUUUAUUACGAAGAAGACGAGGAAGAAGAUAACGAGGAGGAAGACGACAACAUGGUCGCGGCGAUGAACGAACACUUGUCUAACGCGUCGACUACUAGCGGCGUUCGAAAUAACACGGUCUCGACCACCACCGUUGCUGGUAACUCCGUCGUAAAUCAGAGUAACAGUUGCAAUGAGUUCCAAAACGCCGACGAGGACGGGAAACCGGCCGCCGGCAUACUCAGCUUCCCUUGCGAUUUCGAUCACAUGUACGCCAGCAUGACGGACGGCGGUACACCGACGGUGGCAACCGCCACCUCUACUCUCGGUGUCAGUCCUCUUCGCGGCAACGAACCGCGACAGAACGAUUUGACUGAGGUGAAACAUCUCAAGGAGCUCCUGCUCCUUCAUCUCGAUUUGAUUCAACAACAGUCCGAACAAAUAGUCACCAAGGAUAAACUCUUGGCAGCUCUCAGACAGGAAAACGAAACGCUUAAGCUGCGCCUUGAGCGCAUGGAUAGACGUGUCAAUUUACAAAAACUUCGUUCGGAAAAUAAUGAAAGUUCCGUUGCAUCGGAGCAUAUAGGACCGUGUUCCCCUUCGACUGUCAAUGCUGUGAAUGUGCCAUCGACAAGUGAACUUAAUAGGAACGUUCAAUCUGAGAACAAUAAUUCUCAGUACAAUGAAAGCUUUAAGAUACGCUUAAACACUAGUGGUGGAAUCACGACUGUCAAACAGGAACCAAACGAUAAUCAAAGUAAACACGAAGCAAAGGUAGAAGCUGGUAAUGAUAUUAGAUUAGAGUGGGAAGAGAAGAAGAAAAGGAGGACAGACACAGUGCCGUUAUCCAGUGGAAGCAAACGAAAAAGAGGUGUUUCUUGUUCUUCUACGAUUAGCAAUGACGCAUCUACGGUACAAGACAAAACGUUAACUCAGGAAGGCAGUAGAAAAAGUGAUAGAAAAGGAAAGCCUUUAACCAAGAAGGAGUCUUUCCUCAGUACGGAGGAACAUUAUUAUACAGCCGUCGGGGAUCCUAAUUAUACUUUAAGUUUAAAGGAAUCUUGCCCGAUAGAAAGUGAUACUUCCCUAGAAGUUCCCAAUUGGAGGGUAAAGAUAUAUACGAGCUGUUAUACCAUGGAGGGAACUGAAAAUUUGGAUGAUGAAAUUUUUAACAAAAGACAUUUAAAACUAGAAAACGAUGAGAGGCGAAGAAAGAGGUGGGAUGUACAAAGGAUAAGAGAACAGAGGCACAUCGAGAAGUUGAAGCAGCGGCAGGAAAGGCAGAAUCAUCAAGCGACCUGUUAUAAUACAAAUCAUACUGGGCCUUGCCCUUCUACCGUCGAAGAGGAACAAGUAUCGUCGUUAUGGCCUGACGUGGAACAAAUACAAAGUCUUCAAGUAGACCCCCAAUUACCUGUUACUGCAUUUGGUGCUCCUAUUCCCAGUUUCACUCCGAGUGAAUUUUCUCUACCUUGGUCAAACACGACGCGGUCGAACAGUCGUCGUCCAAAGCGGUCAACAGGUAGAAGAAAAUCUACUAGGAGAUAAACUUUUUAUAAAAAUCGACAAGAUCAUUUUCGUCUUAGAAUUUUUAUCCUCUGUUAUAGAAUUACUCCCUCAUACAUCGGUCUCGUUUCUUUUUCGAAACUCAUAUUCUUUUAUUACGUGAAAUAGGGGCACCAAAGAUAUUUUUAUUGUCUUUUUUUUAAAGAAAGAUAAGCAUACUUGACGAGAGUACCUAGAACCUAUUAUUUUUUUUUUACUUUCUACAUCUUCAUUCAUGUUUGCUACUAAACUUCGGUCAAAAGAUAUUGAUCCGAUUCGUUCAUUUUAUUUGUACGACUAUAUUAAGUAUCGUCGCAAUUUUAUAUGAACGAAAAAGAUGUUACUCAUUU